ACUGACAGUACUUAGGUAGAUACACGUGAACUAUCAGUUGGUGAAGAUCAUACUCAAGUAGUUUAUUGACAAGUUGGAGUCAGAUUGUAAUCAAUCUCGCUCUGUCAACAAUUAUCGUUUGUGGAUACAAGGAAUCUUAUAAACGACUGUGUGACAUAACAUUUUGUGAGAUGAGCGUUGAAGAAGUGUGACUUGUGAAAUUGGUAGAAUUAAUAUAACAAUAGUUUGAUGUGCUUGAAGUCAAGUCAAAUUUCGUGCUUGGAAUUCUUUUGGCAAUUUAAAUUUGUUGAUGGCGAAGUUACUGUUACUUGGUGCUGCUAAUUCAAGCAGAAUUCAAGAAAUGUAUAAAUAAUCGACGAUAGAUGGGAAGAUUGGUGAAAUCUACGGGAUGUUUGAAAAACACGAACUACAUCUAUAAAAUAUAAUUUUGAUAAUUGAAGAAUCUCGUUUGAGAGUUUCAGGAUGAUCAGAGUCAUCAUCAAGGCUGUUUUGUUGCUACAUCUUUUUCAAUUGAUAGCUGGCCAAUCACCGUGUCCUAACUAUUUUCAAUAUGUUAAGGAUGAGGCUUCAAAUAAACUUAUCGGUUACAUUGAAAUACCAUCACCGCCAAAAGGAGUUAACUUGCGAUUAAGUGUCAGUUUAAGCGUUGCUGUCGCAUUACCUUCGAAAUAUGUUGGUCGAUUAGAGUUAGCACGGUCGAAAGAGCAAUCGAUCAAGGCGGUUAAUCGGGGCAGGCCGUUGACAUAUAAAGUCCAUUUUCCUCUUCCCCGUCCGAUACCAUCCUUAACCGGGUUGUGGUUCAAUGAUCAACUCAUCUGCUCUGGUCCACGUGCAACUGGACCAAUUGUCACCGCCAUCAUGUUGAACCACACGUUGUUCCCACCUCAUGCUCUCAGUGUGGGAACACAACCAGCUACAGACACAAAUCCAACUUCAUCGAUAAUUGGUCGACCUGAAUUUCCAUUUAUUUAUUCACCCUUGGAAACAGAAUUAAAUGUGUCAAAUGUUAGACCUGCGCCAGCAAACAACAAUCGACAAAGUGAUUUGACGUGUGGUCGAAGCAGUAACAAGAUAAAUCCUCUCAUAGCUAAUGGCGAAAUCACGUAUCGCGGCCAGUGGCCCUGGCUGGCAGCAAUUUUUCUCGUCAAACUCGAGUUUGAGUUCCAAUGCGCAGGGUCGUUAAUCUCGAAUAACCAUGUCAUCACAGCUGCGCAUUGUUUUACAUUAAAUAAUGUAAAUCUUCCUCCUGGGACGUUUUUGGUAUCCCUGGGACGUUAUCGACUUCGGAACUGGAGAGAAAAGGGUUCAGUGAAUCGAGAAGUAAUCGACUACAAGCUUCAUCCAGAUUAUGACGGGAGCGGCAAUGCUGAUUCAGAUCUAGCCGUAUUAGUAUUGCGAGAGAGCGUAGAAUACACUUCGACGAUCAAGCCAAUUUGUCUUUGGUCUGGAUCUUCGCUUCUUUCGAACGUUGUAGGUAAAGUUGGCCAUGUAGUAGGCUGGGGACGAGAUGAAGAAGGAAAUCGAUACGUUCAAGAGCCUCGGCAGACCAAUUCUCCGAUCGUGGCCCAAGAAGUUUGUCUUUGGAGCAACAGAAAUUUUGUUGCAUUCACUUCAAAUCGGACGUUCUGCGCUGGUGAAAGAAACGGAAGUGGCCCUUGUAACGGCGACAGCGGAAGCGGUUUCGUGAUCUACAAUAACGAAACGGAUCGUUAUUAUCUGCGAGGAGUUGUUUCGAGAUCUCUUUUAGAUAGUAAUACUCUGUCUUGUGAUUUAACGCAAUUCGUCGUUUAUGUGGACAUUGCGCAACAUUUAGACUGGAUAGAGAGACAGAUUUCUGUUUAAAUUACUGGUGAUCUGUAACCAUAAGUUAGUUGGUCGAUUAAUUUUUACAUAUAAAUUAUUAUUUUACUAUAUUGAACAUUAAAUACUUUACUUUCAAUUUGUGGAUUACCAAAUCAAUAGCGAAUUAAUAGAUUGCUUUUCUUUCUAUUUGGAUUUUUUUAGACUUGUGUUAUGGAUUAUAGAUCUUGGUUUAUUCGUACUGAUGAAUUAUUUAAAUAAUGUGAUUUGUAAAUAGUGAAAUUUAAACGUAAUAUUUUUGUACUUCUUAUAUUUGUACCAUGUUUUAUUACUCGUGUACUACCGGUCGUAUCAGUAUUUAUGACAUUGUAUACAAAUGUACAAAAAUAGACGAGUUACCUGUAAGAAUAGAUAAUACAGCGUAAUUUAACUGUUUUA